CUAGUUUACUUAUUGUUAUCACUUUUCAACUAAUUAUUAUGUAAGUAGGAAGAUACAAAAGCCUUAGCCGAUGACGAAUUUUCAGUGACUCUGAACUUUUCGAAUGAAUAACAGCCAAGGCAGUACGUUUGAAUAAGAAACAUUUACGGAUAAUAAUAUCAAAAAGAAUAUAUAUAUAUAUAUUUUUUUUUUGUUUUAAUUAAAAUUAUUUAAUAGAAAACAUGCAUAUACAAAAGUGUCCUGUUAACAGAAAUCCAAAGGAAUCGGCGAAUAUAUUUAGUGUUUUAACUUUUUGGUGGCUCAAGGAUAUAUUUAAAAAAGGACUAAACAAAACAUUAACGUUGGAUGAUAUUUAUGAACCAUUGAAGCACAACCAAUCGGAAAAUCUUGGAAAUUUGCUCGAAAGAGAAUGGCGUCGCGAAUGGGAGAAAUUACAGGAUUUCGAAUAUGUAUUGGAAAAGGAUGGUAAUAAAAAAUUAAACAAAGAUAUAAAGCCGUCCUUGUACAAGGCAUUAUAUCGUAUAUUUUGGCGUAAAUAUUUUUUAAUAUCAGGAUUUCUGUUCGUCCACACUGUAAUAUUGUAUACGUUACAACCAAUAUUACAAGGAUGGAUAAUAAAUUAUUUUAAUGUGUCUUCGACAAAUUCAAAAACAAUAACGAAAGAAAAAGGGAUCAUUUAUUGUUUUGGUCUGGUCAUCGAUAUCAUCGUAUCUGUUUGCAUCUUCCAUCAUGUAUAUUUUAAAAGUCAAGAAAUAGGAAUGCAAAUACGUAUAGCUUGCAGUUCUCUAAUAUACAAAAAAAUAUUACGGCUAAGUAAAACAGCUCUAAUGCAAACGACUAAUGGUGGACAAAUUCUUAAUAUUCUUAGCAAUGAUAUGAAUCGUUUUGAUACCGUACUCAUUUAUCUGCAUUAUUUAUGGAUUGGACCGAUUCAGCUCGUAGUAGUAACCUACAUAAUGUGGACAAUGAUCGGAUCUUCAACAUUUUUUGGCAUUGCAUGUCUCUUAUUGGUAUCUUUUCCCAUUCAAGGAUAUUUUCCCGUAAUAAGUAAAAGAUUGAGAGCAAGUCUAGCAGCUCUAACGGAUACAAGGAUACAACUUAUAAGCGAAUUUAUAACAGGCAUACAGAUGAUCAAAAUGUACGGAUGGGAAAAGCCGUUCAGUAAAUUUGUAAUAAAAACACGUAUAGCGGAGAUGAAAAAAAUUAGGAUUAGCUCGUUUAUUAAAGUAUUAGCUCUGUCUAUGUUAAUAUUUACCGAAAGAAUGACACUAUAUUUUUCUAUGGUGUCGUACGCUCUUACAAACAAGACAUUAAAUCCAGAAUAUACAUAUGUUUGGACAACCUUCUUCAAUAUUUUACAAUUAACGAUCGUCAUGUUUUUUCUACAAGCUCUAAUAUCCUGGAACGAGACCACAAUAACUGUUAAUAGAAUCGAGGAAUUUUUAUUGUUGGACGAAGUGAUAUCGAACGAUCAAACGUCAUUGAUGUCAUCAAUGUCAUCAAAAUAUCAGAAAAAAGGAGAUAAAAAUGAUAUUGAAUAUUGUAGGAUCAUUUUGAAGAAGGAAGAGCCGGUAAUAAACGUCGAGCCGAAAAAACAACCAUCGAUUGAAUUGAUAAAAGUAUCAUCAAAUUGGGUGUCGAGCAAAUUACCACCUACUCUAUGUAAUAUCAGUAUGAAAGUAGAUCCGGGCCAGUUAUGUAUUUUAUUGGGUCAAGUUGGAUCAGGAAAGACAGCCCUUUUAAAUACACUUUUGAAGGAACUUCCUUUGGGUGCUGGUACCAUCAAGAUAUUACAAAACUUACCUACAAAAAUGGACUCUCAGGCGAACAUAACAAAUUAUUUCACUGAUAAUAAAAACAUUAGAAUUUCUUAUGCCUCCCAAGAACCAUGGCUUUUUGAUGGUACUAUCAAAGAAAAUAUUCUCUUUGGUGAAUUGUACGAUAAUAAAAGAUAUACAGACGUAACGCGAGUAUGUGCCUUAAAUAAAGAUUUCCAGCAAUUACCUCAAGGUGAUAUGACUACUGUCGGGGAAAGAGGGAUAAUGUUAUCUGGCGGGCAAAAAGCUCGAGUCAGUUUGGCAAGAGCCAUUUAUAAACAAGCAGAUAUUUAUUUAUUGGACGAUCCAUUGAGCGCUGUAGAUACAAAAGUUGCCAAGCAUAUAUUUACAAAAUGUAUCGUACAAUAUCUUCGUGAUAAGACGAGGAUAUUAGCUACGCAUCAAUUGCAGUUUAUCAAAUCUGCGGACGUUAUAGUGGCGCUGGAUCAUGGUACCGUCAAAAUGAAAGGAAGUUAUAAUGAAUUAAUGAAAAAUAAUGAUGAAUUUUUGAAAAUGGUCACUCGUAUCAAAAUGGACAGGGAAAAUAACGAAAUUAAGGAGGAUACAAAUGAAAAUCUUUUUGGAUAUAACAGAGAUAGUAUAAGAAGUAGAGCAUCUAUUAGAUCAUACAACAGUUCGGUCGUGGAAUCUGUACAUGGUGAUUAUGAAAGUGCGGAUACCAACGAACAAGAAGAAUUAUUUUUAACAGACAAUAUUCCUUGGAAAUUAUAUAUCAAAUAUUUUCGAUAUGGAGGCUCAUGGUUAACGUUAAUUAUUUUUGUAAUAAUAUCUAUAGUAACGCAAAUAAUUACAAACGCUACCGAUUAUUGGGUAUCUUAUUGGACCAAUUUAGAAGUCAUAAGAAGUUCUAAAAAUAAAACUUUAAUCAUGCAUAAACAAGAGGAAUAUCGAAAUACGAUACAGAAUACAAUUUUAUCGAACUUUCUAUCCUUAGAUAAUUUAGGAUUGUUAACAACAACGUCUGCUAUAUACAUUUAUACAAUCUUGCUUGUUAUUUGUAUAAUUACGGUACUUGUACGCAGCAUCUUUUUUAUGCAACUUUGCGUAAUCGCCUCUCGUAGAAUUCAUAAUGAUUCGUUUAACAAUCUUUUGCAAGCUAACAUGCGCUUUUUCCAUACGAAUCCUUCCGGAAGAAUACUGAAUAGAUUUUCAAAAGAUAUGGGAGCCAUAGAUGAAUUAUUACCAAAGCCAAUGAUAGAAGUAAUACAAAUAUCUCUAGUUACACUUGGUAUUAUUAUUAUGGAAAUAAUUGUGAAUUAUUGGACAGUUAUACCAUUCAUUAUGUUAGGUAUCUUUACUUAUUUCAUAAAAAUAAUAUACGUUAAAACUGUGCAAAGUAUUAAACGAUAUGAGGGGAUAUGUAAGAGCCCGAUAUUUUGUCACGUCGGUACAACAUUAAAUGGUCUAUCGACGAUAAGAAGUAGCGGUAAGGCUACUCAAGAUUUGUUGCAAAAAAAGUUUGAUUAUUUACAAGAUAAACAUACAGGCACUUGGUAUCUCUUAUUAUCAGCAUCCGCACUUCUUGGUUUAGUCUUCGAUAUAUUGAUAUCCUUUGUCAUAGCCUUUAUAUGUUUUUAUUUUGUUCUCGUACAUACAGAUAAUACAUUAAGUGGAGAUGUAGGUUUAGCUAUAUCGCAAGCUCUUAUUAUUAUUAGUAUGUUACAAUAUGGUAUAAAACAAACUGUCGAAGUAAUUAUUCAAAUGACAUCGGUCGAAAGAAUAUUCCAAUAUAUGGAUCUCCCUAAGGAGAAAUCUUUGAUAACAAUGAACCCAUUGCCGCCAACAUGGCCAUCGCAAGGUAGAUUAAUAUUAAAGAAUGUUUCUAUGAGAUAUAGUCCGAAUGAACCAUCUGUUUUAAAGAAUCUAACAGUUACGAUAGAGGCAGGAUGGAAAGUCGGUAUUGUUGGAAGAACAGGAGCUGGAAAGUCUUCUUUAAUAAGUGCACUCUUUCGUCUAUUUUCUGAAGGUUUAGAAGGAGAGAUAAUAAUUGAUGAAAAGGAUACAAGUACAAUAGACUUGCAAGAAUUACGUUCUCGGAUAUCUAUCAUUCCACAAGAACCAAUUCUCUUUGCUGCAAGUUUGCGAUAUAAUUUGGAUCCAUUUAAUCAAUAUGACGACAUACAUCUUUGGGAUGUUCUUCGAGAGGUCGAAUUCACUGAUAUAGGCUUGAACGAUCAAAUUUUAGCUAAUGGUAACAAUUUGAGCAUUGGUCAAAAACAAUUAAUAUGCUUGGCUAGAAGUAUGCUGAGAAAAAAUCGUAUUAUAGUUCUCGAUGAGGCAACUGCUAAUAUAGAUUCGCAAACCGAUGAAUUGAUACAACGUACUUUAAGAACUAAAUUUGUUGAUUAUACUGUUCUAUGUGUGGCUCAUCGUUUGAAUACUAUUAUUGAUAGCAAUCGUAUUAUAGUGAUGGACGGUGGAGAAAUUGCGGAAUUUGAUCAUCCCUACGAGUUAUUACGUAAUAAACCUAAUGGUUUGUUUGCUCAAAUGGUGAAGAAUACAGGACGUAUUAUGUCUAAGAACCUUUUGCAGCAAGCAGAGAUGGCUUAUCGGCGAGAUACAAAGGAACACAAUCUUGAUGAUAUUUCCACUGAAACUGAAAUAACAUUAAAUACAAAUCAAGAAUAUAUAUCAUUAUAAAUAGAGAAAAAAAAAUUAUAUAUAUAUAUAUUCCAUCUAAAAUAUUCUUUUACAUAAGCACCUCCGAUGACUGUAUUAUUUGCAAUUAAGAUGAAUGGCUGUAAAUAUUAUAAUCAAUAUAUUUCAAAAUAUUUCAAAAAUUCUAUUUAAUAGGAUAGACAAAUACGUAUGUGUGCGGGUAUAUAUAUACAUGCAUAUAUAUAUAUAUGCACUAAUAUUUUAUUUUACAUACAACUACGUGCAUGAUAUUAUAUAUAUUAGAAACAUUGUGAUGUUAUAUACAAACAAUAAUUUCUACGAUUUAUUUUAAUAUAGUAUUUUUUUGCAUUCCGACGAGUACGCAUUAAAAUUUUAGCUUUCCAAAUACAAAAACUUAUAAAUUAAUACUUUCGAUAAUUUCGUAAUUAUUUAAACAAUAUACAUUGUACACAGAAUACAAUAAACUAAUAU